CCUUGGACAGCAGCUUGCAUUCACUGGCAGAGGGAAUGCGAAAGAAAGAUACAUGAAAACAAAAUCUUAGAAUGUUACGUUUCUAUCUGAAAAAAUAAAUGACAAUAUACCAAAUCGCUGAAAGACUUUUUUUUUUUUUACUAAGCGAAUGGAAAUAAGAAGCCGGAUCGCCCAGGAACAUUGUGCAUUCAAGCCCCCUUUUCUGCUAAAUCAUAAGGAUGAACAAUUGAGGAAGAAAAUUUGUGCUCAUUCUGUUAACAUUGCAUUAAAUAUUGAUCAAAUGAUGAAUAGUCGCCCUACAAUCCUGUAGUUUUGUUAUAGUGGGGCAACAUGUAUUAUUAAUUUGUUUGCACAUUUUUUUUUUCUGUUUUCUAACGAAUGUUGUGGAAUCGAUUUCUAUGCAACAAAAAUGAAGAAGUUUCAUGAUUUAAAUUUUUAAUUAAAAGCAGCUGUUAUAUGCGAUCGGUGACUGGAUUUUUUUUUUUCUUGAAGCCUGCACAUUGAUUGAAAUAAGUUUUGCUGUUGUUAUUAUCAUUAAGAGCUAUUUAGUGGCUAUUCAUUUAAUCAAAAUGAGGUCAUUUUACGACUUUCUGAACUAUACCUAAAAUUAGUGGAAACCUCAGAACGUGAAUACAACAUCGUUGUGUCUUUAAUUGAAACUAUAAUAUAAAUGUAACAGCGUUUAUUUUAUUUUUGUACACAUACAAUGAAGAAGUUUAAUUUUCGAAAGGUUUUAGAUGGCUUGACUGCCUCCUCCCCAGGCAGCGCUAGCGGAACUUCAACAUGCCCAGGUGGGACCGCUGGUGUCCCUGCAGUAGGAGUGCCUCCCAAGGAAACAGAAGUUCAAGAAACCCUCGCUUCGGAAAACUUUCAGAUCUGUAAGACGGUACGUCAUGGCUUCCCAUAUCAGCCCACUGCCUUGGCUUUCGACCCAGUGCAAAAAAUCGUGGCCAUUGGAACAAGAACAGGAGGUGUACGAAUACUGGGCAGACCUGGCGUCGAUUGCUAUUGUCAGCAUGACAGCGAAGCAGCUGUUCUACAGCUCCAGUUUCCAAUCAAUGAGGGUGCUCUUGUCACUGCAUGUGCUGAUGACACUCUUCACCUCUGGAACCUGCGACAAAAACGUCCAGCAAUCCUCCAUUCACUCAAAUUCAACAGAGAGCGGAUUACCUUCUGCCAUAUUCCAUUCCAAAGUAAAUGGCUGUAUGUGGGUACAGAGAGAGGAAAUACACAUGUUGUAAAUAUCGAGUCCUUCAUCCUGUCAGGAUACAUCAUCAUGUGGAACAAGGCAAUAGAACUAGCAACAAAGACCCACCCUGGCCCUGUGGUGCACUUAAGUGACAGUCCCAGGGACGAGGGAAAGAUGCUGAUAGGCUUUGAAAGUGGAACAGUAGUGUUAUGGGACCUCCGAGCAAAAAAACCAGACUUCAGAUUUUACUAUGAUGAGGCCAUUCAUUCUGUAAGCUGGCAUCAUGAAGGCAAACAGUUCAUGUGCAGCCAUUCCGACGGCAGUCUGACCAUGUGGAAUCUGAAAAACACUGCCAAACCUUUCCAGAUCACCUUUCCACAUGCAAAAAGCCAGAGAGAUGGAAAGAAACCAGACCCAUGCAAACCAAUCCUGAAAGUGGAAUACAAGACAUCAAGGAGCAGUGAGCCAUUUAUUAUCUUCUCUGGAGGGCUGUCAUAUGAUAAAGCAGGUCGAAGACCUAGCUUGACAAUCAUGCACGGUAAAUCUAUUACAGUGCUGGAAAUGGAUCACCCCAUAGUGGAAUUCUUAACACUUUGUGAAACUCCUUAUCCAAACGAAUUCCAGGAGCCUUAUGCAGUAGUUGUGCUGCUUGAAAAGGACUUUAUCGUUGUGGACCUAACACAAAGCCACUUUCCUAUUUUUGAAAACCCAUAUCCUAUGGAUAUUCAUGACUCUCCAGUUACCUGCACAGCAUACUUUGCUGACUGCCCUCCAGAGCUAAUCCCUGCCCUUUACGCUGUAGGUUCCAAACACAAAAAGCAAGGCUACAGCAAUAAGGAAUGGCCAGUCAGUGGUGGGACCUGGACACUGGGAACACAGACAUAUCCUGAAAUUAUUAUUACAGGGCAUGCUGAUGGAUCAAUAAAGUUUUGGGAUGGAUCUGCCAUAACCCUUGAGAUGCUGUACAAGCUGAAAACAUCCAAGGUGUUUGAAAAGCAGAAGGUGGGAGAGGGGAAGCAGGUAGCGGAGAUUGUGGAAGAGGACCCAUAUGCCAUACAGAUGAUCAGCUGGUGUCCUGAAAGCAGGAUCCUAUGUGUCACAGGCAUCUCAGCUCACGUCAUACUUUACAGAUUCAGUAAACACGAGGCUACUACUCAAAUAGUGUCACUAGAGGUUCGGCUUCAGAAUGAUGUGGAGGACAUUAUCACUCCAGAGGCGACUGAGAAUAUCUCUCCAUACACUGAGCCUUCCCAGCCCAUUACAGGAAGCCCCAGCAAUGUCUCUCCAGAGGGAAUAAAGGACAGCAUCCCCUGCCUCAAGGUGAAGUCUCGUCCAGUAAGAAUGCCCCAAGGCUACCAGGCAGAACUGGUAAUACAGCUGGUGUGGGUAGAUGGAGAGCCUCCCCAACAAAUAGCAAGCCUGGCUGUGAACUCAGCCUAUGGCUUGGUUGCGUUUGGGAAUUCCAAUGGCCUAGCUGUGGUGGAUUUCAUCCAGAAGACAGUUCUGCUCAGCAUGGGAACCAUUGACCUUUACGGUUCCAGUGACCCAUACCCGCGUCAGCUUCGCUCUCCACGCAGAAGCAAGCAGCUCCCAGCAGACACCUUUUGCAUGCGCGGCCUGACUAACAUUUAUUCAGAUUCAAAGAAAAGGAUUCGUACGUCCCACCAGAGUCUAUCUGAGCUGUCUGACAGCCCUGUUUCCUUGGAGCUAGAACGCUGCAAGUCUCCCACAUCAGUUCCUCCCCCAACCACAUCUCAUAAUGAUCCCCGCACCUUUCCAGACACCCCAGCAAAUGUGAAAGCAAGCCACUGCAGCCCAGUUUUUUACUUGCUGGACAAUGUUAAAGGACCAAGAAAGUUAAGUCUGCCGACAGAUCUUAAGACUGAUCUUGAUAAUGUAAAUGGACAUUGCACUAGCCCUACCUCACAGCCCUGCAGCACUGGGAAGCGUGUCUCUGCCACUGAAGGUGCUAAACUGAACCGCUGGGGUCCUAGCCGACCCCCUUUCCGAAAAGCACAGUCUGCUGCUUGCAUGGAGAUCUCUUUGCCUGCUUCCCACACAGAAGGUUACGCAUCAAGACGGGCAAUGCUUCAGCAAUUACAUGGAAUCAGUAUUUACUCGCAAGAUGAACACCACUCUGCCAGUUACACUUGGAGUGAGAAAGAAAGUCGGGACAAUUCCUUCAGCCGCUCCCGUAGCUCCAGUGUGUCCAGCAUUGACAAGGAAUCCAAGGAAACCAUAACAGCACUGUACUUCAUGGACUCGUAUGGGCGUAAGAACGAUGGGACCCUCUCGCCGUGUCUUUGGGUCGGGACCAGCCUAGGGGUGGUACUGGUCAUCUCUUUAAACCUGCCUUCUGGUGAGGAACAGAGGCAAAGUGAACCAGUCAUGGUGGCUCCCAGCGGGACCGUGUUGAUGCUUAAAGGAGCGGUGCUGACGUUUUCAUCUGUUGACUGUGCCGGUGGGCUGAUCCACCCUCCCUACGAGGUGUGGAGGGACCCGAACAGCAUGGAUGACAAUGAGAAACCUUGCAAGCGUAAACUUGUAACCUGCUCACCCUCCUCUUCUCAGGAUAUGGGGGAUUACCAUUUUGCAGUCAUCUGUUCGGAGAAACAGGCCAAGGUCUACUCACUGCCUUCCCAAAACUGCCUUUACGCGCAUAGCAUCACAGAGUCGUCGUUUGUGCUAAGGGCAGAUGUUGUUACAGUUUGUAAUAGUGUCUGCCUGGCUUGCUUCUGUGCAAAUGGACAUAUCAUGACACUAAGUUUGCCUAGCCUUCGGCCAAUGCUGGAUGUAAACUAUCUACCUUUGACAGACAUGAGGAUUGCUCGAACUUUCUGCUUUACAAAUGGAGGGCAGGCGCUGUUCCUGAGCUCUCCUACGGAGGUCCAGCGCAUUACUUUCAGCCAGGAGAUGUGUGAAAAUCUGCAGGACAUGUUGGGAGAGUUGUUUACACCAGUGGAAACCCCAGAGGCUCAAAACAGAGGAUUUCUAAAAGGAUUCUUUGGAGGAAGUGGACAAACAUUUGACAGGGAAGAACUAUUUGGGGAGGCAGCUGCAGGAAAGGCCUCGCGGAGUCUUGCUCAGCAUAUUCCUGGCCCUGGGAGCAUGGAGGGGAUGAAGGCUGCUGCUGGAGGUGUAGCUGGAGACCUGGCACGGGCCCGCAUCGCUUUAGAUGAGAGAGGGCAGAGACUGGGAGAACUGGAGGAUCGCACAGCUGCCAUGAUGGGGAGCGCAGAGUCAUUUUCCAAACACGCACAUGAGCUGAUGCUAAAAUGCAAGGACAAGAAGUGGUAUCAGUUGUAAUGCUGGGAGACACUUGGCUUCUUAAGUAUACUGUAGCAGUUGGGGAAAUGGACCUGAGCUGUGUCACUAGGAAGAAAGAAUAGUUAUCCUAGAUUCUUGUUUUGCCCCCAUGAAGUUAUUUGGAUUCAAUUUGUGGGAAAAGAAAAAUUGAAGGUCUAAAGACAGCUGAUGGGACUUUGCUGUGUUGGAUAUGAUAUUGCCAAACUUGGGUUAGUUUAAGAAUAUGUUCUCUGUUUUCCAUGUUCUGUGCUGCGUAAUUAUCCCAGGACCCUUGAGAAAAUGCCUGGAAAAGAAAAAUAGUAAUAAGUGUACAGAUUAGUAUGCCGAUGCUCUUAUAUAAGAAAUAAAAACAAGAUUGCAUGAAACAAAAACGCAAACAAUAAACUACCAUAGUAAAAAAAAGAAAAGCAUGUUACAACAAGAAAUGGUUUAUUCUAAAAUAAAAAAGAAACAAAAUCUUUAUAUUUUUUGAAAUACUACUAAUACUACGACUAUUGCUACUAAGAAGAAGAAGAAGAAGAAGAAGAAGAAGAAGAAGAAGAAGAAGAAGAAGAAGAAGAAGAAAUGAUAAUAAUAAUAAUAAUAGAAAUCUGCAUUGCUAAAAGGCCAAAAUGUUCAGUUUUUUUCAGGCAUGUGAAUCUGCUUUGGGAAAAAAUGAAACUAGUUUUUAGUUCUUUUUUUUUGUGGAGAUCAAUUAAUUUCGUUAUUACUAUGGCAAACUAUAGCUGGUUCAAACACCCCCAUUCCAUUUGCAGGAAUAAAAUGAUAAGCUAAUUCAAAUACACAUUUAUAUUGUGGAAAAUAUCCAGACCCUGUGGUGCUUGUCAUGAGUGUGGUAUUUUUUUGUUAGCCACUUGCUUCACUUUAAAGAUUACUUUCAAAUAUAAUUGAUUUGCUUUUUAUACUAUGUGGUUUUGUGCUGCCAACUAAGAAAUAACUUGAACCGGUUAUUAAACUCCUGGUCAGCAGUGGCAAUGAUCAGAUUUCCACAACUUGUAAUCCAUCCCCUUUUUUCUAUAGCAUUUUAACCUUAGACUUUCCCACAGACAACAUUAGGAUGAACAUGGUUACCUACAGUACAAGCAACUGAAGUCCUUCUAUUUCUAAAAUGACACUUUAUGAAAUGAUAUGACAGACACACAAGCAUGAAGCCACAUUUGAUAUGUGGUAUUUUGUUGGAAGUCAUGCUAAUUUUAGUUUCACCAGCAAUCCAUAGGGAAUCACUGAAGUCAAUGUAUUUUGGUGUAAUUGUGCACUUUUUUCUUAAACAUGGUCAUUGCUGCCUUUUUUUACUUGCAUUAAGUUGAUAAGCUUUACAUCAAAAAACAAAACUAAACAAUAUCUCUUCUGCCAAAGUGAAGGAAAGUGAAGCAUUGAGACAACAUGAGCAAUUAUCAGGUGUCUUUAGUGGGUUGAAUUUUUCCUUCGCUUUAUACAUGUUAUGUUUUCCCUUUUACAUUCUUGUGGAAAAACAAUAUUAUACUUGCCAUCUAAGUUCUUUGAGAUCAAAUUCAAAUCAGGGAAAAAUGCAUUGAACCACUGUUAUCUUAUUUCUUUACCACAAGCUGAAGUAAUGUUGCAGUUUCCUGUUGAUUUGAAUUGAUUGGAAUUAAUGGGAACUCAGUGUAAGCAGUGGAACCCCUCACUUUUAACAGUAUAACAUGGCUGUGUGAAUGGCAAUCAGACAUAAAGCAUGGAUUUUUCUGAUGAUGUAUAAGAUAAUCUAAUAAUAAUAAUAAUAAUAAUAAUAAUAAUAAUAAUAAUAAUAAUAAUAAUGAUUCAGCUUCUUUGCUGCUAAAUUCAGUGUUUUUUUUCUAUUUUUAUUCUUUUGUUUUACAUAUGCUGCUUUAGCUCCUUCUGUGAUUAUAGAAAACAUUGCCAGUAGUCUUUAGAGAUAAUCUUAAAAUUGUAUAUGGCUGUAUAUAGAAUGUUCAAUAUAUGUAAUGUAUAUGUUGUACAUGUGUGUUAGUGCACAAUGUUAAUGCUUUCUGUCCAGAUGGGGUAUAUGUGGACAAAGAUCACAUUAUUUAUUCAAUGGUCUAGUUUGUGUGGAUGAAAAAGAGAGUGUUUCUUUUUUCAAGGUCUACCGUUGCUUUAAAGACUCGCUAAAUAGUGUAUGUUCAAAACAGAGCUAUCAAAAAGCUCAUAUCUAAUAUAUCAAAUACAUAGCCUGGAAGCCAAUGGCAAUUAUGGUAAGUUAAACAAAUAUUUGUUUAAGAGGUUCCUUGCUAAUUAAUUCCAAAACCAUUGGCAACGUUUAAGCAGUUGCUGACAACAUUAGUACAAAUCCACCUUCUGGGUUCAUCUUCUUUUAAAACUAGUUGAAAAAGGCAAAGCUUUACUGUUAAGAAAAAAAAAAAACAUUUUUAUUUUGCUACUUUAAAUCUCCUGAAAUGCUGAUUUUCUUUAUCAAAGCCAUAAAUGUACAGCUAGCCAUUAACUUAUUUUAUUUAACUUUGUGAGUGUUUUUUUUUUUGUUUUGUUUUGUUUUGUUUUGUUUUUUUUCAGUGAAAGUGUUUACAUUUUGUAAAACCGAGAUUAGAGAUUUUCUAUUACAGUACCAUACAACAUUUAUAUAGUGUAUAACUUAUAUUUUUGAUAGUUGGCAAGUCGUGCCUUUGUAGUCCUUUAAGAAAGAAAAGUACUCUCUUCAGUAUUAUAAAUGACAUUUGUGUUGACCAUAUCAGUGCAUUUAGCUUUAAUCAAAAAAAAAAAAAAAAAAUACUAAAAACAAGUACUGUUAACAGGGUGUUCUAUUGGUGUGUCUUCAGUUUUUAUAAAAUGAAUAGUUGGGGGGGGGGGAAAAGCUAAACUUCUAACUGUUGUACCUGUUUCUUGAUGGUACCCAAUAUUCUGGCUCGAUGUCAUUGAAACUGUUGAUGCCAUUUCUGUAGUUUAUGUUGUCUAACCAUUAUCUAUAUUUUUAAAUGACGGCAAGGUGUUACCUUGUUGAACUACAAUCCUACCACCUUCUGUUCUGAUAGAUAUUCUUCAGGUGUAAUAGAGAUUAAACAAAAGAAAACAAUUGAUCCAAGGAUGUGCUAGGAACAAAAGCAAAUUAAACUGAAAUAAACAUUGGAAAUUAUUGAUGUA